AUGCUGGGCACCGACGAGCACAAGCCGUCGCUCGCCUCGCCGUCUGCAUCCUUCGCGUUCGACAUCCAGCCCAAGCAGCUCAUGCCCCAGCAGCUGCCCACCCAGCACCAGGCUGACGGCGGUCUGCUCACCACCGAGCCACUCCACGCCAUGCCCGCACAGCGUGUCGAGGCCGCCGGCGCGUCGACGACUUCGUACGAGCCAUGGCAGCAGCACGCUUCUCACUCGGCGGCGGCGGCGGGCGGGCAGGCCGGGCGGUGGUACGAGGGACAUGCGGCGCAGAACGGGGGUGCUCACACGGCAGAGCACGCGCAGCAGCAGCAGCCGUACGCGACGUACACGCCGACCCAACACCUCCCCACCCCCGUGCCUUACCCGACCUCGCAACCGUCGGCGCUCGCUGCGUACACGGGGUGGCAGAACCACGGCCAGCACGCAUCCUACCAGCCCUACCACCUCCCGCCCAUCGACGCGCCCAGCUCGCAGCCAGCCGGCGCACAGUACGAGCAACCGGUCACUCCCGCUCUCUCUACUUAUGCCCAGCAGCCGUAUCCGCGCAGCGACUCGUACGCUCCUUACGCCCAGCAACACUCGUACUCGAGCUCUCACUCGGCGACGCCAGGCGACACCCCGCCCGCGCACCUCUCGUCGAACGAUGCGUACCGGCCUCCGCCUUUCAACCUCUCGCUCCCGUCGAUCGCCCAGUCUCUCCCGCCUGCGUACGGCAUGGCAGGCUACGGCCAGGCGCCGAUAGACCACUCGAACCCGGCCAUGGCGCGGUACGGCCCGCCGCAGCCGCACGCCGCGACGACGGACGCCAACGCGAUCCCUGGGCCGUCGACCGCCAUGUCGCUCUCCCACCCGCGGUCGAUCACCCCUCUCGCGCCAUCUGCCCCGCACUUGAACGCUGCGGACGCCCCCCGGAACGGCUUCGAGGACGGCUUUGGCAGCUCGUCGGCGCGGCAGGGACAGCAGGGCGGGUCGAGCGGCACCCCCAAACGCAAGGAGCCGAAGGACGCCGCGACUCGCAAGUACCAGUGCAGCGAGUGCGACCAGAAGUUUGCGCGGCCGAGUGCGCUCGCGACCCACAUCCUCACGCACACUAAGGAAAAACCGUUCACCUGCGUCACGUGCAAUCGAGGGUUCGCGGUCAUGUCCAACCUUCGGAGGCACUGUCGGGUCAGGAAUCACGCACUGGCGCCGUCGCAAGAGUCGUCGCACGCCAAGCGGACCGACUCGGCGAGCGGCCACCAGCAACGAAGGUCUAACGACUCGCCUGCGACGCACAGCAACGGGUUGCAGUCUGCCCCGCCCGCCGUGCCCCAUCACCUCGUCGACGGCCACGGAGGCGGACACCUCGGCAUGAGCCCGCCCUUACAGACCGCAACAUCGUCGUUGUCGCUCCCGCCUCUUCCAUACACUUGA